AUGAUUGGCAUCAACCAAGGAGAACACAUCAUUCUUUACUCUCGUGGCGCUAUCGGAGGGAUGAUGUUCAGCUCUAAGGUUGCUUGGUUGCUCAAAUCCUAUGGUCAUAGUUCCGAUAAAAUCUCACUCCUCAACGGAGGUCUCGAACAGUGGGUGAGACAAGGAAAUGAACUUAGCAAGGAAGAAGUGAAGUUACCGAUUGGAAACUGGAAAGCUAGCGAUUACCUGGCUAAAUAUAACAUUAAAUUUGAAGAUAUGGAGUAUAAGGAUGGAGACAAGGCAUAUCUGGAGCGGACGGAUGAAAUUAACUUUUUGGAUGCACGUGUUCGUGAGCAGUUUGAGGGUAUGGAAGAAACUGGAUUGGAUCCUUAUCGAGUUAAAGGGAGCAACAUACCUGGGUUCAAGAACACACCAGUUGUAGACUUAGUUCAUGAAAAUGGAGAGCUGAAAACAUUUGAGGAGAUUCGUCAAUGGUUUGCUGAAAAUGGCUAUAAGCCAAAUCAUCCAGUUGUGACUAUCUGUAAUACAGGAAUGCAAGCGGCUAUGUUAGCACAAAUCAUGGAAAUUGUUCUUCCCGAAACAUCUCCACGAGUGUAUAACGGCUCAAUGAAAGAGAUGGAACUACGCGAUCCAAAGAGAAUCUCUGGAGGAAAAGCUUAUUAA